AUGAACGCCGCUACGGAGAUGAACAACUACAAGACCACCAACCUCCUGAGCAAGUGGGAGAGCCAGGCGGAGGAGCAGCAGCAGCACCACAACGAGCAGCAGCACCUGGCAUGGCACGAGCUGGGGCGAGCCCGGCGCGAGCUGAACGGCCAGGAGGAGGCGCGGGUGAAGAGCAAGCAGGUGGCGGCCCUGGCGCGGUUCGUGGCUGCCUCUCGUCAUCGAUCCUUCGGUCGCAAGGCCUAG